AUGACAGCAGCUAUGCUCAAAGACGACGGAUACUUCAACCUUGGAAAGUACCAUCGUCCUAUCACGACUAAGAGCUUGGAGGCUCAACGAUGGUUCGAUCGAGGGCUUGUCUGGGCCUAUGGGUUUAACAACAACGAGGCCUCAGAAUGCUUCGAGAAAGUCAUUCUUGCGGAUCCUGAUUGUGCCAUGGGCUAUUGGGGCUUGGCGUACACUCGGGGACCUUAUUACAACAAAGCAUGGCGGUUGUUCGACCCCAAUGAGCUCAAGGUUGCACUCAACGAAACGUACAAGGCAUCUUGCCAAGCUCUGGAGAGGAUUGACGGAGCAAGCCCCGUUGAGCAGUCCUUGGUCCGCGCGAUUGCCCAGCGAUACCCUCAGCCUCAGCCGACAAACGAGCAAGGCUACUCCGCCUGGAACGACGCAUACGCCAGCACCAUGCAAUCUGUGUACGAAAGCUUUGGCAACGACAUUGACGUGGCUGUUCUCUACACUGACGCUCUCAUGAACCUGACACCAUGGGGGAUGUGGGAUCCGUACAGCGGGAAACCCGGUGCCAAUGCUCGAACUCUCGACGCCAUGGCAGCUCUUGAGCGUGCCUUUACCCUAGAGGGUGCCGACGAGCACCCGGGGCUGCUGCAUCUUCAUAUUCAUCUCGUGGAAAUGUCCCGAACACCCGAGCUUGCGGUACCUUCUGCGGACAAGCUUCGACAUCUGGUCCCCGAUGGUGGUCACUUCAACCAUAUGCCAUCCCACAUUGAUGUCUUGAUCGGCGACUACCGGAGCGCGGUCUCAGCCAACGUUGCAGCUGUGGUUGCAGACAACAAGUUCUUCGCAAAGAUUGGGAGGAUGAAUCUCUACACGUUUUACCACGCUCACAACUACCACUCGCUCAUCUAUGCCGCUAUGCUCUCCGGCCAAUCGAAGGUGGCCCUGGAGAACUGCGACCUGAUGGAGAAGGCCCUGCCCGAAGAGCUGCUGGCUAUUGAGUCGCCUCCCAUGGCUGACUGGCUUGAGGCUUUCGUUGGUGUCCGCGCCCAUGUGCUGAUCCGUUUCGGUCUUUGGGAUGAGAUUCUCGACCUGAAAAUCCCCGAGAACCAGACGUUAUACUGCGUCACAACCGCAACGCUCCACUACGCGAGGGGAGUGGCAUUUGCAGCCACAGGCCGUGUACCAGAGGCCGAGAGUGAACAGAAACUCUUCGCCAAGGCAUAUGCCAAUGUGCCCUCAUCGCGGUACGACUACCCCAACCAGUGUGUCGAGACACUUAAGGUUGGCGAGGCUAUGCUCGCAGGUGAAUUGGAGUAUCGCCGAGGAAACUUUGAUCUGACAUUUGAGCACCUGCGAAAGUCGAUUCAACUUGAUGACAACCUCAAGUAUAGUGAGCCUUGGGGGUGGAUGCAACCGACUCGACACGCCUACGCUGCUUUGUCUCUAGAACAAGGCCACGUCGAAGAGGCAGCUAAGGCGUACGCUGAGGAUCUGGGCUUCCUUACCUCACUACCUCGCGGCCACCAACAUCCCAACAACGUCUGGGCUCUUCAUGGAUACCACGAAUGUCUCACACGUCUUGGCCGAAAUGACGAGGCCCGGCUACUGGAGCUUCCACUCAAGCUCGCGGUCAACUUGGCAGAUGUAAAUGUGCGCUCCUCUUGUUAUUGUCGAAAGGAAGACGAUGUGUCUGGUAAUGGUUACACUCAAAGUUGCGACAAGGUUGAGAAAUGUUAG